AUGUCGAAAAUCUCUGAAAACGGUACAACAAAGCAAAAACCACGAUUAAAUCUUGAUGGCCAUUCAUACAUCCAAGACCGACCUUACGGUGAAAAAAUUUACUGGCGUAGCAUUAAUUAUAAAUCUGAUAGCUGUCAUUCUCGUCUACACACCUGCAUAAUUACCAAUUCGAUUCUCAAACCACCUACUGAACAUUCAUGUAAAUUCAAUGCAAUUGCUCAUGAAGUUCGUGUUUUUUCUCAACAAGUAGCCGAACGGGCUUUAAACACACAGGAAACGCCUGAAGCGAUUAUCACUAAUUGCUACAAAAAUAUGUCAGACCCGUCGAUCGCUCGUCUUCCAGUG